AGUCGUAACUUUAACAAGAAAACUUCACAGACUCCCAGCAAUAUCAAAAUAUUCAAGAUCACAUACGUUAACGUUCGAUGUGCAGGAAAAGAUGCCCCGGAUGAAGCCAAAGGAGUACAUGUUACAUAUACCAAUGAUCCUGAAGAAGUCAAGGCAUGGUUGGUAAAUAACGUUGCUGCAAAUGAUACCAAGGUUUUAGGCUUUGAUGUUGAAUGGAAGCCACAAUUUAUUGCCAAGAAACUUGGUGGUAGAGAAAACAAAGUUGCUGUAAUGCAGUUGUCCACCAAGACAGAUACCCUUGUACUUCAUCUAUUUCAUAUUCAUACAAUUCCAAAACAUUUAGUGGAAGUUCUUACUGAUGACAGUAUUAUCAAAGUUGGUUGUGGUAUUCAUUCUGAUGUUGCAAAGCUAUUAGAUUCUGGUUUACAAUGCAAAGGUGCAUUAGAUUUAGCACAUUUGGCUUUGAAGUCUGGACACAAUAGUCAAAGUGGUGGGGGGCUAAAGGCUUUAGCAUUAAAGCUAUUGGGUAUUGAAAUAAUAAAACAAAAAAGGAUUCAAUUAAGCAAUUGGGAGUUCAUUCCUCUGAGCAAGCAUCAGAUAUGUUAUGCGGCAAUGGAUGCCUGGAUUGGUGUUAUGCUGUAUUACCACAUGCAAAAGUCGAUCGUGAAUGGGCAAUCAGAAGUAGAUGGCUUGAUUGAUCCCUUGCCAAAAGACAUUUCUAUUGUGUAUUGUAAGGUUUGUGGUAAAAAUGUAAGGGGAGGAAAUAUUAAAGAACACAUGACCAAGUCUAAUCAUAGUCAGUGUCCAGAUUGUGGAAUGAUGUUUGUGUCUGACAUAAGUAAGAAACAUCGCAGACGUUGCACUGGUACUCCUCACUUAAUCAAUGAGAGUUUAUAAUUAUUUAUCAUUCAAAAUGACCAACAGCAAUCCCUUGAUUUUGCACAUUUUUGAACACUAUUUUAAACAACUGUUUUAAAGUUUUGUAUUAUAAGAUAAGCAUAUAUUUAAUGUAUUUUUUAUUUUACCCUGCUAUAUAAGAAAAGCAAGGUAACUUUACAUAUUUUGUGGUAAAUAUACUUUGCAUAGUAUAUGAAAGGAGUUACAUAUAAUUUCCAAGAUCACCCUA